AUGGCCAAGAUCUGCACCGAGCAGUCCUACUCCGCCCAGCACCGGCUGUCCGCCCGGCCGCCCGAGGACGAGGAGGAGCGGCUGGAGAAUGGCAGCAGCAGGCCGCACUCCCUCUGUGACGACACGUCCUCUGAGCUGCAGGGGGUGGUUUCUGCGGCCGCCAGCGCCCAGCGCGAGUCCCGCAGCUCCUUCACGGGAGCAGGAGCCAUGGCCAGGCUCUCCAGCUUCAUCCUCAUGCUGAGGAACUGGGCCUCUCACCGGCUGCACCAGGAGGCGGAGCGGCCCGACUCCUUCCUGGAGCGGUUCCGGGGCGCGGAGCUCAAGGACCUCUCCAGCCGGGACAGCAACGCGCAGUCCUCCCCGGGCCACCCCAACCAGCCGCGCCGGAGGAAUCAUUGGCCACUGGCUACUCUCAAUGUGAACAACUGUAACAACACAGAUGACAAAAAAGGUGACAAGAAAGAACAGAAAAAAGAAGAAAAAGAUGAGAAAAAAGAUGAGAAGGGUGAGAAAAAAGAUGACAAGAAAGAAGAAAAGAAGGACAAUAAAAAGGACGACAAGAAGGAUGAUAAAAAAGAUGACAAAAAGAAGGAGGAGCCACCAAAAGAAGUGUGGAUCAUGGACCCGGCGACAGACCUGUACUACAGAUGGCUGACAGUCAUAGCUGCUCCCGCAUUUUAUAACCUGAUGAUGCUCGUGACCAGGGCCUGCUUUAACGAACUUCAGGAGAACUUCACCAAGCUAUGGCUGACACUGGACUAUUCCUCAGACCUGAUCUACAUCAUUGACACUUUUGUAAGGUCACGGACAGGAUUCUUGGAACAAGGACUGCUUGUAAAAGACCCAAAGAAAUUAAGAGAAAACUACAUGAAAACCAAUCAGUUCAAGACUGACAUUUUCUCCAUAUUUCCAACUGAUAUUCUCAUGUUAAAAGUGGGGUUCAACAACCCAGAGUUGAGGUUCAACCGCCUAUUCAGAAUCGGACGCCUCUUUGAGUUCUUUGACCGUACCGAGACCAGAACCAACUACCCCAACAUCUUCCGGAUCAGCAACCUCGUCCUGUACAUCCUCGUCAUCAUCCAUUGGAAUGCCUGUAUAUUUUUUGCCAUCUCGAAGACCAUUGGCUUUGGCAGUGACUCCUGGGUGUACCCAAACAUUAGCCACCCGGAGUUUGGUCGCCUGUCCCGCAAAUACAUUUACUGCCUAUACUGGUCCACGCUCACCCUCACGACCAUCGGAGAGACGCCUCCGCCGGUCAGGGACAUCGAGUACUUGUUCGUCGUCUGCGACUUUCUCAUCGGCGUGCUCAUCUUCGCCACGAUCGUCGGCAACGUCGGCGCCAUGAUCUCCAACAUGAACGCGUCCCGCGCCGAGUUCCAGGCCAAGAUCGACUCCAUCAAGCAGUACAUGCAGUUCCGGAAGGUCACCAAGGACCUGGAGGCCCGGGUCAUCAAGUGGUUCGACUACCUCUGGACGAACAAGAAGACCUGCGACGAGAAGGAGGUGCUGAAGAACCUGCCGGACAAGCUGAAGGCCGAGAUCGCCAUCAACGUCCACCUGGAGACGCUGAAGAAGGUGCGCAUCUUCCAGGACUGCGAGGCGGGCCUCCUGAUCGAGCUGGUGCUCAAGCUGCAGCCGCAGGUCUUCAGCCCCGGCGACUACAUCUGCAAGAAGGGCGACAUCGGCCGGGAGAUGUACAUCAUCAAGGAGGGGAAGCUGGCGGUGGUGGCGGACGACGGGGUCACGCAGUUCGUGGUGCUGAGCGACGGCGCAUAUUUCGGGGAGAUCAGCAUCCUGGGCAUCAAAGGGAGCAAGGCCGGGAACCGACGAACGGCCAACAUCCGGAGCGUGGGGUACUCGGACCUCUUCGCCCUCUCCAAGGACGACCUGAUGGAGGCCCUGACCGAGUACCCCGAGGCCAAGAAGGCCCUGGAGGAGAAAGGCAAGGCCAUCCUGAUGAAGGACAACCUGAUCGACGAGGCGGUGGCCAACUCCGGCGCCGACGCCAAAGACAUGGAGGAGAAGGUGGUGCGGCUGGAGUCCCACCUGGAGGUCAUCCAGACCAAGUUCGCCCGGCUGAUGGCGGAGUACACGGCCAGCCAGUGCAAGAUCAAGCAGAGGAUCGCCAACAUGGAGAACCGGGUGAAGACCCUCAGGAGCGAGGAUCUCGCAGAGGUCGUCGAAGACAAAAAGGACAAGUAGUCCAGUUUUACACAGACCCGGAAAUUAUAAUUCAACCUUUCUCCCUUCUUGUGCAACAUAUAUGGACAAAGUAGUUUAUAUGCACAAGCAUUUGCAAAUUGUACAUAACUUGACAGGGUCAGAAUGUUCAUCUCUAAAUAUGCAGUGCUAAUGGCUACAAUGCAUUUCAAACUGUGAACUGUACAUCAACGAUUAGACCUAAUAUUCAAUUACAUUUAAGGCUUGGAAAUGCUUUUUGUGGUCAGCAAGACUAACGUUUAUCGGUAUUUUAUGGGUAUUUGCAAGCCUCCGUCAAACAGAAAAUAAUUCCAUCAAGCAACAUCCUUGUAGCUUUAACUUAAUUCCCAGUUCUGGUGUCCCAAUCUUGUACUGAGACCAAGCAUUUCACUCAAGGUAAAUGCAAGU